AUGUCUGUUCUGUUUCUCAUAUGCACAGCAGCUCUGCACGUAAGUUCUCCGGAUGGUGGUAUUAAUGACACCGUUUCGCCCCAAUUCAAAGGCUUUCAUUGUCAGAGAUCCUUCUCAGCGAUGAGUUCGUUUAGAUCGUUUGGGGGUCGGGAGGCCCAAAAGAACUGUGAUUUCUAUUAUUUCGAAAUCGAAAACGCGUCAGCGAAAGUGCAGUGCGAGGUUCCAAACACACAACAAUCAUCUGAAGCAGGCUUAGAAAUGCCUUUGAACUGCAGCAUUGAACUUAACAUAGUGGCAGAGUUGGCCAAAGAUGUCUCCGAACGAUUCGCACACCGUGUGGGCAGCGUGGCGCAUUAUGCAGACAUGAAUUCGUCUCCUUCGGCUAUGCGGGCGGUAUUGCUAGAUUCCGAUGAUCCGUGGAGGUACUCCUUUGAGCUUCGCUCCACCCUAGGGCGGGGUACUGCGAUAAACUAUAAGGGCUACAAUGGUCAAGGCUACAGCCUCUGCUGCAGUGCGAUUCCGGAAGCAAAAUGCGAAUGGGUCCAUGAGGAAGAGGGCGAUCUUUCCUUUGGAGCAAAUGAGUCUCUGGGAGAGAUGAAGGAAGAACGUCAAGCUACUGCACAACUGGUGCUGUCGGAGUGCCCCCUACCACUGCCGACACCGAGAGGAGAAAGUCAUCCCAACUCCUCUCCUGUAGAUUCACCGCCAGGGCGUGAGUUUUUUUAUAUAAGGGUCAGUCGUCCCCUGCAUCGAUUCGUUCCGGGACCAUGGGAGGCAAGGCUCAUGCUGUGGCGUCAACGCAUGUCGUUUGCUGCUGGAGCGAAGGGCAAGGACGGCACGCUGUCUACGGCAGACCCUGAGGUACUGGGGCGUGUAAUCGUGCCGUUCGAGCUGCCCGAGGCAGGAACAAGCGAAAUUAAAGAUGAUAAGCACCAACCCUUGCUGCCAGUCGUCGCGUUAACAGGUGCCGAGCCCAAGGAAGGGAACAUGAUAGGGGAUCUGUAA